UGUCCCAAGUCCAUAUAAUAUAAGAUGGUGCUGCUCAACAUAAACUCCUCUUAAGCCUAGGGUUUAGGUUUUUCCAAAAACCCUUGAAAGGCCACCACUCUCUCCUCUUCGCCGCCAUCGUAUAUCCUUUCGACUCUCUACUGCAAAUCCAGAUUAUAAAAGAUGGUGCAGUACAACUUUAAGAAGAUUACAGUGGUUCCCAAUGGGAAGGACUUUGUCGAUAUCAUCCUGUCACGCACACAGCGUCAAACUCCUACUGUUGUGCACAAAGGUUAUGCUAUCUCUCGUAUACGUCAAUUUUACAUGCGCAAAGUGAAAUAUACGCAGACAAAUUUCUAUGAAAAACUCUCUACCAUUAUUGAUGAGUUCCCCAGGCUUGACGAUAUCCAUCCUUUCUUUGGGGACCUUCUUCAUGUGCUCUACAACAAAGACCAUUACAAGCUUGCCCUUGGCCAAAUUAAUACUGCUAGAAAUUUGAUUUCUAAAGUUGCUAAAGAUUAUGUGAAAUUAUUGAAGUAUGGCGACUCACUCUACCGCUGCAAGUCCCUGAAAGUUGCUGCUCUUGGGCGUAUGUGCACUGUUAUAAAGCGCGUUGGCCCAAGUUUAGCUUAUUUGGAACAGAUUAGGCAGCACAUGGCGAGACUUCCCUCAAUUGAUCCCAAUACUCGAACCAUCUUGAUCUGUGGGUAUCCAAAUGUUGGCAAGAGUUCAUUCAUCAACAAGAUUACGAGAGCAGAUGUGGAUGUGCAGCCUUAUGCCUUCACCACGAAGUCCUUGUUUGUCGGUCAUACUGACUACAAAUAUCUGAGGUAUCAAGUGAUAGAUACUCCAGGGAUCUUGGAUAGGCCAUUUGAGGACCGUAAUAUCAUAGAAAUGUGCAGUAUUACAGCUCUAGCACAUCUGAGGGCCGCUGUGUUAUUUUUCCUUGAUAUUUCUGGGUCUUGUGGCUAUAGCAUUGCGCAACAGGCAGCUCUUUUUCACAGCAUCAAAUCACUUUUUAUGAACAAACCGUUGAUGAUUGUAUGCAACAAAACGGACUUGCAGCCAAUGGAAGGGAUUUCAGAGGAAGAUAAGAAGUUAGUCGCGGAGAUGAAAGAUGAAGCUAUGAAGACAGUGAUAGGUCAAGGUGGCGAGCCGACAGAUGAAGCAGGUGCGCUGUUAACUAUGAGCACUUUGACCGAAGAUGGUGUAAUUGCAGUGAAGAAUGCAGCCUGUGAGAGGUUACUGAAUCAGCGGGUGGAAUUAAAAAUGAAGUCGAAAAAGUUAAAUGACUGCCUGAACCGUUUCCAUGUUGCUAUGCCAAAACCACGUGACCAGAAAGAGAGGCCAGCGUGCAUACCUCAGUCAGUGUUGGAAGCCAGAGCGAAGCAAGCCGAGGCAGAUGUUGAGAAACAGAAAAGGAAGCUUGAGAGAGAUCUGGAGAAUGAGAAUGGAGGUGCUGGUGUUUAUUCUGCGAGCUUGAGGAAACACUAUCUAUUAGCAGAUGAGGAGUGGAAGGAAGAUAUAAUGCCUGAAAUUUUAGAUGGGCACAAUGUUUAUGACUUUGUUGACCCUGAUAUCUUAGAAAGGCUUGAAGAAUUGGAGAGAGAAGAAGGUCUUCGUCAGGAAGGAGGAGGUGAUGACUUUGAGAUGGACGGUGCAGAGCUGACCCCCGAAGAAAAAGCAGCAUUAGCUGAAAUCCGGAAAAAGAAAAGUUUGCUUAUUCAACAACAUAGGAUGAAGAAGAGCACCGCAGAGAGCCGACCCACUGUACCAAGGAAGUUUGACAAAGACAAGGAGUUUACUUCAAAAAGAAUGGGUAGACAGUUAUCUGCUUUAGGAUUGGAUCCAACUCUAGCUAUCAAUCGAGCCCGAAGUAAGUCAAGGGGUCGUAAGCGAGAGAGAUCAGUUGAACGUGGAGAUGGCAAUGGUAAUGAUGCAAUGGAUGUGGAUGAGAUUACUCCCAACAAGAAGCAACGUAGGUCUAGAUCGCUUUCCAUGGGAUCAAGAAGGUCAAUGUCACGACCUCGAAGCGAAUUUGCUCCAGGGGAGGGCUUCAAGGACAAACCGCAGAUGGAGAAGGCUAUAAAGAUGUCUAAGAAAUCUGCUAAUAAGAGGAACAAGGAUGCUCGGCGGGGAGAGUCUGAUAGAGUCAUUCCAACUCUUAAACCAAAACAUCUCUUCUCUGGCAAGCGAUCAACUGGCAAAACUGACAGGCGGUAGUCACCAAGAUGACGUUCUUCAGUCCUGUGGGAUGACCAUGGAAUGGAAUUUGCUGGUGUGUCAUGCUGAAAAUUUUUGGUGGCGGACAGAAAUGCAAAAAAGAGAACCUUUGUUGGAAUGCCAGUUCAACUCAGCUUAUUGUGGACACAUACCGCAGUUAAUUUUGCCGUCUCUGUUAUGCAAUUUUGGAGCUUACCCCUAGUUUUUUUUAUUUUAAGUUUGCAUUUUUCAUAUUGUUUUGAAGUUAUGUUGUGGAAGAAUAUUAGUUUUUCUUAAUGAAAGAUACGAGGAACAUGUCAAGACUGCAACCUGUUGCAGUUUUGUAAUGGCAACGCAAGCAUACAGAUUAAGUAUUUAAAUUUGCUUUUUGAGA